UGAGGUGUUUCACAUAGUAGCAGCGCCAGCCAUGGAGAAAAACAAAACCUAAUUUACCAAACUCUCACACAAACAUUUUCCUUUCUUUUCUCCAUUUCUAACAUCUUUCCUCUCUCUCUUCUCUCAAUUUCUUCUCCAGAUUCUCCUCCAAUUCACUGCAAUGUACUCAAUUUCAUCACUCAUCCACUACUAUGCCUGAGGAUAUUCCUAACAUGAAGGACUCUUGGUUUUUUGACAAGAAUUUUAAUGGAUUGUCGGAUGAGAUUUUCGAUGAGCUUCAUUUUUUUGAUUUUCCGUUAGAAGAUGUUGAGACUAAUCCCGUUGAAGAAGAUUGGAGUGCUCGAUUUCAAAGCAUUGAUGAGCCGUGUUUUGAUGCUUUUUCAGUGACACCAGUGGGAUUGUGUGGCAAAACUAAAAAUGAAAAUCUCCAAGUUGGGAAUGGCUUCUCUGCUGCUCCUUGUAACGAAAUUUCCUCAAUGAAAGAAGUGGCAAAGACUGUUGGACCAACAUAUGGAAAAACUAUUCCCAAUCAGGAUGCCUCUUUAUAUGGAAAAACUAUUCCUAACCAGGACGCCUCUUUCUAUGAAAAGAAAGUUUUGCUUCAAUACAGCCCAGUUUCUGUUUUCGAAGGCAGUAGUGGUGCUUCCUCAGUUGAGAAUUCCACCUUUGACCUGCCCGUCUUCCCAAUAAAGCGCCCUCGAAGUAAACGCCGGCGUCCCUCAAAGUCAAAUCCUGUAUUUUCAUUUUCUUUCAUACCGAAUUCACCGACAUUGCAAAAACAUUAUAAAACACAUGUCUCUAAGAAACAGAGAAAAAAGGACGUCUACGUGCCCUCAGGCGAUGCUGAUACGGGAUCUCAAGAGUCAGUUACCUUCAGAAAAUGCACGCAUUGCGAGAUCACAAAGACUCCACAAUGGAGAGAGGGACCUAACGGUCCCAAAACGCUCUGCAAUGCUUGUGGUGUUCGGUACAGGUCAGGCCGCCUCUAUCCUGAAUACCGUCCAGCAAACAGCCCCACUUUUGUAGAAUCAGUUCACUCAAACUGUCACAAGAAGGUUCUCGAGAUGCGAGGCGGCAGUCUCAUCAAAGGAGGUGCUGCUAGAAGCUGUUCUACGUCGCUGCCAUCAACUCUUCCCGGAAACUCGGUAGGACAGCAUUAUCAUGGAACUUAUUGAAGACCAAAUGGUACUAUACUAGUACCAGACAUGAUCCUAUUUUGUCUAUUGUUAUAUUACUUAGCAACAUUUGUUAAAUUAAUGUAAAUUGAUUGUUAAAAUAAACUAGUAGUUGCAGCAGAUCAGUGAUUAGUCCUUUUGUUAGGCAUUGAGGAAACAAUGUGUUGAAAAGUUGGAGAGGUUGAGAAAGGUAUGUUAAUGUAGAGAUGUCUAAUUGGAUGGAUGGCAUGACAUGGCAUGGCAUGGCAUGACAUGGAAGUAAGGUUAUAUACAUUAUGGCUGAAGUAGAGACAGGAAUCCUUUGCAUUACUUGCUGCAUGUGCUAUGAGGACAUGAAGUCAAAGGAUUAAUUAAAGGCAAGGACAAUGUCUCACAUGUAUUGUAACAUGGCACAGAGAAAUUAUAGUGGAAGAGCACAUGCAUUGCUAUUCCAUAUGCUGGAAUGAUGUCUUUCCAGAUUACAGAUAGCUUCAACUUGGGUUUUGUUAUUUACCCUUUAUAAACAGGUUAUUAGAAUUUGUAUUUUAGUUUGAACUAUAGUUUGUUUUACUAUUUUUGUUAUGAUUUUAAUGUGUAUUUUGUACUUUAUAUUUUAUACAUUUUUAAUAUUUUUUGUUUUUGUUUUAUUGAGUAAGGUAGGUAAGGUUUGUUACCUUUUCCAUUUUAACUGUUUUUUUUUUCUUCUUCUUUUCAUACUAUGAACAGCAUAUUGAAAUUUUCAUGUGAAUGAGCAAUUAAAGAUUAAACCAUCAUCUGUUUACUAUUUGUUGUUGGCUAUGAAGCACGGACACCCCUAAAACGACCCCGACACUGACACGGCGACACCGUUAAUAAUUUGAAAAAAUGAAUAAAUUGAAUGUAAUUGUAAGUGUCGGUGCAGGUGUCCGGCAUCGACACGGACACGGACACGCCUGAUUUUAGAGGUGUCGGUGCUUCAUAGGUUGUUGGGCUCUUUGGAUGGUUUUAAUGAUGAUUGCUUGUGAUACCAUUUGUUCCAACUGUCUAGCUUUCACUUUCUUGCCUUUAGAUUCUAGUGCUUAUGAUGAUGUUGUUGAUAGUCCUUCUCUAAU